AUGAGUUUAACAAAUCAAACCGAGCCUGAAACUUGGUUCUAUGACGAAACGAACGAAGACUAUGACUAUGGCUAUCACAAGACAUUCUUAUCAAUGUUGAACUCUGUCGAUGCACCUCGUUCUCGUUGGCUAUUGAAAUCGUCUGAUCAUGCGUUAUUUCUCGAUACUUUUUUUCAUCACUAUCCGAAUGCGAAAAUGAUUAUGCCUCAUCGUCAUCUUGACGAUGUUUUACCGUCGGUUUGUCAUACGGUAUGGGCGUUCAAUAAUAUGUUCUUUGAUGAAAAAAAAUCGACAGCUCGAAAUACAUUGAACAUUCGAACACUUCGAUACAUGGAUACAUCAAUCGGAAGCAUUGUGAAAUUUCGUACUUGUCAUCAUCGAUCGCAUAGAAAUAUUUUUGAUGUUAUCUAUGAUGAUUUAAUCGAAUAA